GCUUCAAGCCCGCAAUCCGUCUCCAGAAUGGCGAACGUCCUCCAGGUCAAACGCGUAAAGGCGGACUCCCCUGCUAUGCUCCCUUUGCACCAGGACUCCGACCUAGCUUGCCCAUCCAGCCGUCGCCGCAGCCGCAGACCGCUUUUUCUCACCGCCUUCGUUGCGAUAACGCUCCUCUACGCGGCAUCGCAGCGGACAUGGCUCAGGGAGCACGACGCCGAGUCGCGUUUGACUGUGAACCACGCGUGUGCGGGUCGGUCGUGUGCACGCAACCCGGCGUGGCUCGUCAAGGCGAAGCACGGCGCCGUCGCGAGCGAGAACGAGUUGUGCUCGAACGUGGGCGUUGAUACGCUCAAGAAGGGUGGAAACGCAGUGGAUGCGGCGGUUAGCACUACGCUAUGCAUCGGUGUCGUGAACAUGUUCUCGUCCGGCCUCGGUGGUGGGGGUUUUAUGACUGUGCGACUGCCACCAUCCAUGGUGAACUCGACAUCCAACUCUUCUGAAGUAUAUACCAUCGACUUCCGCGAAACCGCUCCCGCUGCUGCUUACGAGACAAUGUACAUCGGAAAACCGGACGCCGCUCGUUUUGGCGGACUGGCCGUGGGCGUCCCGGGAGAGCUGCGGGGCCUUGAGAAAGCGCACGAACUCUGGGGCUCCGUGCCGUGGGCGGACCUUGUCGCCCCGGCUAUGGAGCUUGCCAAGGGUUGGCGGGUACAGAAGGAGCUAGAGAGAAGGAUAGAGAUAUUCUCGCGGGUCAUGCUCAACUAUGAUGACUGGAAGGCUAUCUUCGCCCCAGAGGGCUGCCUGCUACGCGAAGGCGACAUCAUCCGCCGUACUGCGCUCUCCCACACGCUGGAAUGCAUCGCCAAAGAAGGCCCAGACGUGUUCUACAAGGGCCCCAUCGCGGAAGCACUGCUCAAGAAGAUCCGUGAGACCGGUGGCAUCAUGGCCCAAGAGGACUUUGACAAUUACAAGGUCCAUGUUCGUCCUGCACUCAAAGGAAUGUACCGCGGGCGCACGAUUUACACUACGCACGCACCGACAUCGGGGGCCGUUCUAUUGCACAUGUUCAACCUCGCGGAGAUGUUUGAAGACUUUGUUGACAGUGGUCGCACGCCAUUGAAUGUCCACCGGCUGGUCGAAAUCAUGAAGUUCGGUUUUGCUGCCAGGACUCGGCUGGCUGACCCUGACUUCCUGAGCACCAAGGAAAUCAUCACGAUCGACCGUAUUCCGACAAAGGAGUUUGCGGAGAAAAUUUUCGCGAAUAUUACCGAUGAGCAUACGCACACUCCAGAGUACUAUCAGCCGGUCUACGACGUGCCUAUUGACCACGGGACGAGCCAUUCGUCGAUCGUCGACAAGAACGGCAUGGCCGUGGCGAUCACGUCGACAGUAAAUCUAAUUUUUGGCUCGCAGGUGCUUGACUCCGAGACAGGCGUUCUUCUGAAUGACGAACUUGACGACUUCUCAAUUCCCGGUACACCAAACGCCUUCGGGCUCUUCCCCUCUCCCUACAACUACCCCCAACCAGGCAAACGCCCGCUUUCGUCGACGGCGCCGACAAUCAUCGAGGACAGCGACGGCGCGCUCUGGGCCGUCAUCGGCGGCUCCGGCGGCUCGCGCAUUUUCCCGGCCCUCUUCCAGACGCUCAUGAACCUCGACUGGGGUCUCGACGCGAGCGGCGCGGUCGAGUUCGGGCGCGUGCACGAUCAGCUGUUCCCCGCGGUCGUCGACGUGGACAACGUGUACCCGGCGGCGCUCCUCGACGGCCUCCGCGCGCGCGGGCACAACGUGAGCGUCGCGGAUGUGAACCGUAUCGCGGCGGUCGUGCAGCUGGUGACGCAGGAGAGCGGGACGCUGUAUGCUGCGAGUGAUUCGAGGAAGCGUGGCAAGGCUGCUGGGUAUUGAUCACGAUGUCGCUCAAUGUAGAAGAUUGUUCACUAGCCUGACAUGACUCUGGGCCACGCGUGUAGAUCUUAUUCAUGUCAUUUCCAAAUCGUUGAACACAGCAAGAAGUCGUUCAUUA